AUGGAGUCACAAGUGGAGUUCUUCCAUCAUGCACCCGCCUCAGGCAGUUUGAUUGACCAAAAAGAAGCCGCUUCUGCAGUUAUGGAGGAAAAUCUUUUGCUAAGGCAGGAAAAUCAGCGUCUUCUUGAACAAUUUUGUCAGCAGAUUCACGACAUUCAGCGUGAGAAGGAGACAGUUCGUCUCCGACUGAUAGCUGUGGAGAGCGAUUACGAAGUGCAGAUGAAGGAGCUGCAGAUGGAAAUUAUGAAUUUGCGUGAGGAGGUACAACAACAGAAGCGUCGUAGUGUGCAGAGAACACAGGAGCACGAGGCAACUAUUCAGUCGCUGUGUGAACACAAUACCGCGUUGCAAAAGAAACUCGAUGAGGCCAAUCAAAACACCACGGAGGCCAGUGCACAGAUGAAGGAGAUGCAGCAUCACCUUCACAUCGCUCGUGCGGCCAUUCAGAACCAUGUACAACAGAUUGAGAACCUACGUGCUGAGAUUAACCACCUAAAGGAGGAUAAGGCGACGUUGGAACAGAAGCUGCAGUCCAUUAUAGACGAGAGAGACUGCCUAUUAACUACACUGUCAGACGCUCAGCAGGCCAAUGCCCUUCUACAGCAGGAAAACGCCAAUCAACAAAUUGUGAUAACAUGUCAAGACAAUGAGCUCGCACAGUUACAGGAAGCAGCUGCAUUGUUGAGAGACCAACUUCAAACCCUUAAUUCGGCGGCUUCACCAUCUCGAAAGGCUAUUGCUUCCAUUGAGACCGAAAAAUACAGUGGACAGAACUCAAACCCGCACCAAUCGUUGAUGGGCGAGCUGUCGGCUGCGAAUGCAAAUAAUGUGGAGGACGAUUGGUGGUACAAACACGUUCAACUUGAUCCCACAAUGACCGAAUUCUACGAAGAUGAUGGAAUUGAGAUCGAUGAUGCCUCUCUACUAGCCGCUAUGACAUCCAGCGGUAGGGUACUUCUAUCUGGUGAAGGUGACAAUGCAAAUAAAAUGGACGCGGGCGAACAUUCUGGUGCAAAUGGUUCCACAGAAGAGGAGUUCCUCGGCGACUUUCGUACCGAGGUUGCUGAAAUUUACCAACAACUACGCCAGAUGUGUGUUGAGGUGAGUGCUCAAUCCUCCACCAACACCUCGUCGACGACGGACCACAGACCAGGAGACUGGACGCCCGACCAACUGGCACGCAUUGAGUGGGACUGUCGUCUUGCAUCACUGCGCAACGUCCUCACGGAUCUACGUGGCCUCCUUCAGGAUCUUGUUGCUAUUCCUACAAAGGACAAAAUCACCAGUGCCGCUGUUAUUUGUGGAAGCAUUAAGUUGGACUGA